AUGGUCGAAGCAACGUCACAAACGAGGAGUGACAAUAUAAACGAUGACGGCGAACGUCGCGAGACGCGCGAUUACUCUCUUUGGACGAGUUUACAGAUGGGCAAAAUUUGGUCGCAAAUGCACGAUGCGUGUAAGAACGUCGUAAAACUCGCUGCCACGAGCGUCGGCCGUGUUGUGAAGGAUGCACCUAAAUCGGAACGUUCACAGAGAAAUUCCGUCGAAGUGGCUGACGCGAUGCUCGUGAAAAGCUCGUCCUCCUCGUGCGCCGGCAAAAUAUGCGGUGAAACGUGUCGUAAAAAUUUAAUGCGCUCAAAGAACGGGGAAAAAACGGAGGCGCGUCAAGAACGCGCAAUCGGGAACGUGGGAAAAUACCGCGAGGAUACGGAGGAUGCACCGAUGCGGAAGAAUUCGCGAGCCAUUGCACCUUCUCGCCGCGAUAUGCAGAAGCGCGCGGAUCAAAACGCCGAAAAAGAGGAUGACAAAGGGUCCUGUGUGACUUACAACGGUACGAUUAGCAGCGAUCAAUCCACCGCGCGUCUACCUGUUGCAUUAAAAUAUGAACGUGACAAAUAUUGGGAUAUCGUAGAAUUUCCAUUACGAAAUGAAACCUUCAGCCACGAUGAGGAUGUACAUUCUCAAUCCCGUUUAAGUGAAUACUUGACAUACCUCGAGCACUCCACGUGCCCAGGACUCCGCAACAGAGGUGGUAGCGAUAAUCGGGAUUUUACGACCAGAGAUGAGCAGAAAUCUGUGCAACGUAUUCACGAGGCAAGAUCGAUCGAGCGUAAUCAAAAUUCCACUUCGGAAAAUUGUAUAUGUCACGAUAAGAGUCGAGAGACGAGCGUGCAUUGCACUGAUCGAAGCUCGCAGCAUGUGGCCUGUUACGAACGGUUUGCAACUACCGAUCGCCAAGCGAUUCGCGUAUCGGCUACGUCGCGAAAUGAUCGGCUACAUCAUGAGUCUCGAUCGACGAACAUAUCCUCUCCGGAAGAUAACGGACGAAUGGAAACGCCCGCGACGCCUGAACAAACAAGAUUUUGCGCGGAAACGGAAAGGAGCUUCACGUCGGCGGUCGUGGUUGCAGCAGUAUCGUCGACGGCAACGGGUCUCACAGUUCAUUCAUCGCAGAACGAUCCGGACAAACCGAUAGCGUCUACUUCCAAAUGGGGGACGACGUCGCCCGCUUCGCCGGGAAAAUCACGAAGGAAUUCCAGAUCGCCGUUUUGCGCGACGGCUAUGAAAUUCUGGAGGAGGCGCUCGUCCGUCGAUAAUAAAACCAUCGCGGCUGUGCUUAAACGGGGCAGAAGAGGCAUCGGAAGAAAGGAGCUAUCUAGCACGGCCGCUACUACUUACGAUAGCGGAGCGAAGAUUACGCAAAUAGAGCCGUCUACUGUGCAAACCCCUCGAGAAGGCAAUAAGAGUCGGGCCUACGUAAACGUACAAGUGCAAACACCUGACGCGAUUGUUGCGAGGGUUUUAUCGGAGUUUCUUCUCAGCGGCGAGAAGAAGAGGAGGGUGUUGAUGAGCAUAAUGCUACAAUCGGAAUCGGGCCACGACGUGAGAGAGGUGGAAACGCAAACGUCAUCGAAUGACCUUACUUCCGCGGGGAUCAAUAUGUUCGGCUAUCCGGGCACACGACCUCAGAGUGCGAUCGCGACCGCGUCGAGGACCGUGCAAUGUUUCGUGUGCGACAAACAAGAUUGCUACGAAAUAAGGCGGUCAGACAGCUCGGUCACUUUAGACGAGACGUUAAUCGCGGAGUAUCCAGAAACGUCUGAUUUGAACGAUCAUUUGACGGAACAAAAAGCAGCUGUCAGGAUCCCCCCGUGA